CAGAGUGAAGGGAAUUUAUGUUUUCAUCAAACCGGGCCAAGGAGAAUGGGGGUCCCACACUCAAGAGAAUGAAGACUCGACAGAACAAGGACUCGAUGUCGAUGCGGAGUGGACGGAAGAAAGAGACUCCAGGGCCCCGAGAGGAGCUCAGGUCCCGGGGUCGAGCUUCCCCCGGCGGCGUCAGCACUUCCAGCAGCGAUGGCAAGGCUGAGAAGUCUCGCCAAGCCACAAAGAAAGGCCGCAUGGAGGAAUCCUGCACCCCCAAGGGCAGCAAGCAGGGCCGAACAGAAGAGAUCUCAGAGAGUGAAGGGGAAGACACCAAUGCUCCCAAAAAAACCAAAACUGAGGAGCUGCCCUGCCCUCCUUCCCCAUCCGACGUUGACAGCCUUGAUGGCCACAGCUUCAAUGACGAGAUGAGCAGUGACCCACGGGACAUUGACCAGGAUAACAGGAGCACCUCCCCCAGUGUCUACAGCCCUGGCAGCGUGGAGAAUGAUUCUGACUCCUCCUCUGUGUUGUCCCAGGGGCCCUCUCACCCCUACCACCACCCUCCACUCUUCCCUCAGAGCCCACCAGUAGCUCCCCCUCCUGACACCCUGGCCCGUCCUCCUGAGCCCAGCUUUGGGCUCCCAAGUGAGGUGCACCCCCAGGGCCCCCCCGCAGGGAGCUACCAUUCCCAGCUGGAGGGCCAGGCCUCCCGCAUUUUCCAGGCUCAAGCCCCACAGACACCCACCUCCUCCUCCUCUACUGUUGCUGCCCCUCCUGCUCCCCCUCCCUCCUCUUCCUCCUCCUCCUCUUCUUCCUCCUCCUCCUCAUCCUCUUCCUCAUCCUCUUCCUGCUCCUCCUCCUCUUCCUCAUCCUCCUCUUCCUCCACCCACACUCCUCUUUACCCUACAGCCAAUGUGGUCCAGGUUGGGGCCAAAAUUGCCAGUGGAGUCGGAGGGCUCCCAGCACCAGGGGGUCGUGAGCAGACCCUCAGUGCCAAGCACAAUCCACCACCCACUACCCCCAUCUCCCUGGCAUCAGUGGUUGGGGGACUCCCCACUCAAAAGACGCCCCCAGCCAACCCUCCAGUGGCCCCUCCAGCUUCAACCCCUUCCUUCCCCCAUGUCUCUGCCAAUCUACCUCCCCCCCCAGCCCUGCGCCCGCUCAACAAUGUGGUAGCUGCCUCCAGCUCCCCAGGGAUGGUGGGGCAGGCCCUGGGCAGCCACCUUCCCUCACCCCAUGGGAUGGGGCAGGACAAGGCACCGGCCCUGGCCCCAUCCCGUUACCCCUAUGCCCCACCACCACUGCCACCCUCCAGCUCCUCAGCUCAGUACCCCCAGCCCUCCACAGCACAGCCUCUGCCCAGUUACACUGCCUCCUAUGGGCACUCCUUCCCCCCACCCAGCGGCCUCUCUGUGUCCAGCCAGCCCCCCAAGUAUACUCAGCCCUCCCUGCCCUCCCAGCCAGUUUGGAGCCAGGGGCCACCCCCCUACAGCCGCCCCCUGGGCAAUGCUGGCGCCCACCCCACCACUUCCUUCCCUGGCCAGCCGCUCCAUCACCAGCAGCCACCCCAGCAGCAUCACCACGGCCACGGAAGCAGUGGGGGGGUCUCCCCAGCAGCCACAGUUCCUCCUCAGCCACCUGGUGGUUACCCCCACAGCCUGGAGUCAAACAGCCAUCACCCUUCCCAUGGCACCUACGGGCUGCGUCUCUACCCUCCCCACAGCCAGGCAACCUACAGCCAGGCUCCCUCAGCUGCCACUGCUGCUGCCCCCUCUUCUUCCUCUUCCUCCUCCUCCUCCUCCUCCACCACCACCUCUUCCCAGGGAAGCUACCCUGGAAUGUGCACUCACCCCCCGGGUCAGAGUCCUGCCACCUACACCUUCCCCCCACCGCCACCUCCUUCCCCUGCCCCUGGGGCUGGCCCUCCGGUCACCUCUGCUGCCACCACCCUCUCCACUGUCAUUGCCACCAUGGCCUCCCUGUCUGCUGCCCCAUACAAGACAGUCUCUCCCCCAGUACCUGCCUCGGUUGUGGCUCCCUAUGGGAAGCGGGCGGCCUCCCCGGUCCCCACCUUCCAGCCCCCCGCCCCCUACAAGCCAGGCUCGCCCCCUGCUUCCUCAGCUGCCCCAUUCCGGGCAGCCACCCCUCCUGGCUAUCGAGUAGCCUCAUCCCCUGUGGCAGGGGGCUACAAAGCACCCUCUCCAGCUCCCUCUGCACCGCCACCCCUGCCGGGGAGCAUGGCUGCUCCGGCCCCGCCGCCACCCGCCCCGCUCCCCCUCAGCGCUGCACAAAUCAAGCAGGAGCCGUCAGAGGAGUAUGAGCCCCCUGAGAGCCCUGUGCCACCUGCUCGCAGCCCCUCGCCACCCCCCAAGGUGGUGGAUGUACCAAGCCACGCCAGCCAGUCAGCUAGAUUCAACAAACACCUGGACCGUGGCUUCAACUCCUGCUCCCGCACAGACCUGUACUUUGUGCCCCUUGACGGCUCCAAGCUGGCCAAAAAAAGGGCAGACUUGGUGGAGAAAGUGCGGCGAGAGGCCGAGCAGAAGGCGCGGGAGGAGAAGGAGCGGGAACGGGAGCGGGAGCGGGAGAAGGAGCGGGAGCGGGAGAAGGAGCGGGAGCUGGAGCGGAGCGUGAAGAUGGCCCAGGAGGGCCGGCCGGUGGAGUGUUCGUCCCUCGGGCCGGUUCCCCACCGGCCCUCCUUCGAGCAGGGCAGCGCCGUGGCCACCGUGCCCCCGUACCUGGGCCCCGACACCCCGGCCCUGCGCACCCUCAGUGAAUACGCGCGGCCCCACGUCAUGUCCCCCAGCAACCGCAACCACCCUUUCUACAUGCCGCUGGGCGCCGUGGACCCUGGCCUGCUGGGCUACAACGUGCCGGCCAUCUACAGCAGCGACCCGGCCACGCGGGAGCGGGAGCUGCGGGAGCGGGAGGCCCGCGAGCGGGACCUGCGGGACCGCGACCUGCGCGAGCGCCUCAAGCCUGGCUUCGAAGUGAAGCCGGCCGAGCUGGAGCAGCUCCACGCCAUGCCGGCGGCUGCCAUGGAUCCGUUCCCGCGCCACGGCGGGCUGAGUCUGCAGACGGCCCCCGGCCUCCAUCCCGCUUUCCCCUUCCAUCCGGGGCUGGGCCACUUGGAGCGGGAGAGGCUGGCGCUGGCAGCCGGCCCGACCCUGCGUCCCGACAUGUCCUACGCCGAGCGCUUGGCGGCCGAGCGCCAGCACGCGGAGCGGGUGGCUGCUCUCAGCAACGACCCUCUGGCCCGGCUGCAAAUGCUCAAUGUGACACCUCAUCAUCAUCAGCAUUCCCACAUCCACUCCCACCUCCAUCUCCACCAGCAGGAUGCCAUACAUGCAGCCUCGGCCUCUGUUCACCCUCUUAUUGACCCUCUUGCCUCGGGAUCGCAUCUCACCCGGAUACCAUACCCAGCUGGAACCAUCCCCAACCCUCUCCUGCCUCACCCUCUACAUGAGAAUGAAGUGCUGCGCCACCAGCUUUUUGCUGCACCCUACAGGGACUUGCCAGGCUCUCUCUCAGCACCCAUGUCAGCAGCACACCAGCUGCAGGCCAUGCAUGCGCAGUCGGCCGAGCUGCAGCGCCUGGCUCUGGAGCAGCAGCAAUGGCUGCACGCCCAUCACCCUCUGCACGGCGUGCCCCUCCCCACGCAGGAGGACUACUACAGCCACCUGAAGAAAGAAAGUGACAAACCCCUUUAAAUGGACUUCCACUGUCAACAUGACAUCAUCAUGGCUUUCUCUCAAGAGGAGCAAUCAAAUCAACCAAAUCCUGGGGGAGGGGAAGCGACAGAGUGACACAUCCCGACCCCACCAUGCAGCAGAGCAUGGGUGAAGAUGGGCAAAAAGCACAGGAUGGCAUCCUGGGAGCAGAAAGUGGAGGAGAGGAAAUGGGGAGGGACUGAAAACACCACUAGUGGACACCAAAUGAUCGGUACGUGAUCUCAGCAGAGCUCUGAAGACAGCAGAACCAGCAUUGCACUGAGCUCAAAAGGACAAAGGCUGAUGUGAACUUGGGGUGGCAGCAGCUCUGUCCUUUGUUUGGGGUGGGGGGAGCAAUUGUAUUAAAUGGAGAGUGCAGAGCAUUGCAGGACUUAACGUCUUGCUGCUGCCUUUCUGCUUCUGGGAGGAGGAGGUGCAGCCAAGAGGUAACGCAAAACCCAACAGAGCCUUUUCUCAAGAUGCCUCCUCACAGCCCACCCCCUGUAGGUGUAAGAUACAGAAAAGCAAGAUGGGACUUCUUGUGAUUAACCCGAGUGGCUUCUCAUUCUCCAAAACAUCCCUUCAGAUGUGAACAAGGCAUCACAGGACCCCUUCAAAAGCAGCAGGACUGCUCCCAGCCACUGGGGUGCAAAGCACCAGGGGAGACUGUCUGCAACAUGCUGGCUGUGCUUUUCCCAGGGCUGGCGGGAACGGGCAGGAGGUGCAAAGCACCACCAGACUCUUCUCAAGACUGCAAACCACCACCACCAGCAGCAGCCCUUUGAGCGCUGGGGGGAGAGCUGAUGUGGCCGAGCAAUCCUGUGUCCUGGUACUGUCUUUUCCAGCUGGUGGCUGCCCCUUUCCCCCUCACCCAUUCUAGUUGAUGUACUUUAACUCAUGCACAUCCUAUUAGACGUGGCAGUUUUAUGUAGCAACUUGUGACCCCCCCCUUUGCCCCCCGCGUGCGUGUCUGACUUCACAGUUGUAUCUCUUGAUUGGUCCCCAUAUAUAUAUAUAUAUAUUUACUUAAUCAUUAAAAAGAAGAACCACGACCCAACCAAGAACCCAGCAAUGGAAAAAACCCUACUCAAACCAAGUUCCCCCUGCACUCCCGAGCCCCAACACACAUUCUAAUAAUUUAUAUAUAGAAAUAUAUAUAUGAUGCUCUUAAAAAAA